GAGACAGGAGUGAGGCUCGCCGGGAAGCGGACACCAGCUCCGGAUCCCGAGCCCAGCAGCGGGCGGAGCAGCGACGGCAGUGCAGUGCGGCAUCCUUUGGCUGAGCCUGUGCAGCCGCCGAGCCCCACUCCCGCUCCCGGCCAUCAGAGCUCCCAAGAAUGGAGGAUUCCCGGGAGACGUCGCUGUCCUCCAACAACUCCUCGGAAGAGCUCAGCUCUGAGCUGCAGCUGUCAAAGGGCAUGUCGAUCUUCCUCGACAUACUGAGGAGAGCAGACAAAAAUGAUGAUGGAAAAUUGUCCUUUGAAGAAUUCAAAGCAUAUUUUGCAGAUGGUGUUCUGAGUGGAGAAGAGUUACGUGAGCUCUUCCAUACCAUUGAUACACAUAAUACCAACAAUCUUGACACAGAAGAACUAUGUGAAUAUUUUUCUCAGCAUUUGGGCGAGUAUGAGAAUGUACUAACAGCACUUGAAGACUUAAAUCUUUCCAUCCUGAAGGCAAUGGGAAAAACAAAAAAAGACUACCAAGAGGCCUCCAAUUUGGAACAAUUUGUAACUCGAUUUUUAUUGAAAGAGACCUUGAAUCAACUGCAGUCUCUCCAGAACUCUCUGGAAUGUGCCAUGGAAAUUACUGAGGAGCAAACUCGUCAAGAAAGACAAGGGCCAACCAAACCAGAAGUCCUGUCGAUUCAAUGGCCUGGAAAACGAUCAAGUCGUCGAGUCCAGAGACACAACAGCUUCUCCCCCAACAGCCCUCAGUUUAAUGUCUAUGGUGCAGGCUUAUUAGAAGAUAACCAAUGGAUGACCCAGAUAAACAGACUCCAGAAAUUAAUUGAUAGACUGGAAAAGAAGGAUCUUAAACUUGAACCUCUAGAAGAAGUUAUUGAAGGGAAUACUAAACCUCACAUCAUGCUUGUGCAGCGUCAGAUGUCUGUGAUAGAAGAGGACUUGGAAGAAUUCCAACUCGCUCUGAAACACUAUGUGGAGAGCGCUUCCUCCCAAAGUGGUUGCUUGCGUAUUUCUAUACAGAAGCUUUCAAAUGAAUCUCACUACACAAUUUACGAGUUCUGGGAGAAUAGUAGUGUGUGGAAUAGCCACCGCCAGAUGAAUUAUAGCAAGACCUUCCAAAGAAGUAAUGUGGAUUUCUUGGAAACUCCAGAACUCACAUCUACUAUGCUAGUUCCUGCUUCAUGGUGGAUCCUGAACAACUAGCCGUUCCUUAACAUUUUCUUUAUGGUUCCAAGUAAAAAACAACCGUUCUUAUCUAAAAUGUGAAUUAGAAAAUUCUCUGUACUUAUUAAUCUACUCUCUACUUUUGUUUAAAUAUAUUUACCCUAAGAUGUGCACUCUUCUUAAAUGUCUUCUAUCACUUUAUCUUUCAUGUAAAUUUUAGCUCAACUUUCAAAGUUCACUAUUAUCCUCAAUAUUUGCUGCUGUAUUGCUACAUACAAUAAACCUAAAACCUUUUAGUCUCAAAAUCAUAAUAUAUGAAAAGUAUACACAUAAAGGAACAAAAUUGUUACGAUAGAGAAAAAAUAUUUAAAGUGAGAGCUUUUAGACUAUUACUUCAUAGGACAGCUUUUGUAGAUCUGUCAUAAACUAUAAAGGUUAAA